UCGAGAUUUACUCGAGUAUACAGUUUAAGAUCUUAUCUGAAGUUUAAAGAGGUUUAAAGAUGCGCGCUGCCAUUUUCUUCGGUAUCUUCGUCAUCAUCUGCCUAAUCCAUUUGAACGAAGCCAAUUACAAAAAGCUUCCAUUCAAUGGCUCUAUCUUCGGCAAAAGAAAUAAUAUUGAAUAUGACUCCACGGGCCGCGUUUUGUCUGCUCUCUGUGACAUCGCCUCGGAAACUUGCCAGGCUUGGUACCAGACCUUAGAAAAUAAGUAAAUUCUAAAAUGUAUCCAAUGCAAUUUCUUGAAAGUAUAAUCAUGUAUAAUCUAAAAAUAUACAUAUUCAAAUACGUUGUAAUU